GUAGAAAGGCUAUCAAACGAAGAGGUGGGAAGGCUGUAAAACGAAAAAGAAGAAAACAAAUAGGACGUAAAAUUAUCAAACGUGGAAGCAGAAAACAAAAGGGUGGAAAGGCUGUCAAACCAAGAGGCAGGAGGGGAAGAGGACAGAAAGCUAUCAAGCGUAGAGGCAGAAAACAAAGGGGGAGAAAGGAUGUCAAAAGAAGAGGAAUGAAACGAAGAGGUCGGAAAGCCUUCAAAGGGAGGGCCAAACGUAGAGACAGAAAACCUAAGGAUAGAAAGGUUGUCAAACGUAGAGGACAGAAGGCUAUAGAACGAAGAAGGAAAAAACAAAGAGGUCGAAAAGCUAUCAAACGUAGAGGCAGAAAACCAAGAGGUAGAAAGGCUAUCAAACGAAGAGGCAGGAAACAAAGAGGACGGAGAGCUAACAAACGUCGAGGCAGAAAAUCGAGGGGAAGAAAGGCUGUCAAACGAAAAGACAAGAAUCGAAAAGGACGGAAAGCUAUCAAACAUAGAGGUAGAAAACAAAAGAGUAGAAACGCUGUCAAACAAGGAGGCAGGGAACGAAGAGGACGGAAAGUUAUCAAACGCAGAGGCAGAAAACCGAAGGGUAGGAAAGCUGUCAAACAAAGAGGCAGGAAACGAAGAGGACGGAAAGCUAUCAAACGUAGAGGCAGAAAACAAAGGGGAGGAAAGGCUAUCAAACGAAAAAGAAGAAAACAAAGA